AUGUGGUCAUUUGUGAGCCCCCUGCGCCAGCCCUGUGAGAGGGGUGACAGAGUGGAGAUGUCGCAUGACCUGGAGAGAAUCCUGCCAGGAGAUGACAGCCGUUUGCAGAGGAGCGUCAUGAAAGGAGCGAUGACAGUGACAUCAAGGUACAUGAGAGCGGCCCAGUCCCCCAUGCCUGGAGAUAGCAAAACCUCUAACAGCAGCUCCCUCAACGAGUUCCUCCUCCUGCCAUUUGCAGACAAGCGGGAGCUGCAGCUCUUGCACUUCUCGCUCUUCCUGGGCAUCUACCUGGCUGCCCUCCUGGGCAAUGGCCUCAUCAUCACAGCCAUAGCCUGUGACCACCACCUCCACACCCCCAUGUACUUCUUCCUCCUCAACCUCUCCCUCCUCGACCUUGGCUCCAUCUCCACCACUGUCCCCAAAUCCAUGGCCAAUUCCCUGAGGGACACCAGGGCCAUUUCCUACUCGGGAUGUGCUGCCCAGGUCUUUCUGGUUGUCUUCUUGUUCGCAGCUGAGUAUUCUCUCCUUACAGUCAUGGCCUACGACCGCUUUGUUGCCAUCUGCAGACCCCUGCACUACGAGACCCUCAUGGGCAGCAGAGCUUGUGUCAAAAUGGCAGCAGCUGCCUGGGCCAGUGGUUUUCUGUAUGCUGCCCUACACAGUGCUACCACAUUUUCAAUAUCGUUCUGCCAAGGCAACACAGUGGACCAGUUUUUCUGUGAAAUCCCCCAGAUCCUCAAGCUCUCCUGCUCAGACGCCUACCUCAGGGAAGUUCGGCUUCUUGUGGUUAGUGGCUGUUUACUCUUUGGGUGUUUCAUUUUCAUUGUGGUGUCCUAUGUGCAGAUCUUCACUGCUGUGCUGAGGAUCCCCUCUGAGCAGGGCCAGCACAAAGCCUUUUCCAUGUGCCUCCCGCACCUGGCCGUGGUCUCCCUGUUUGUCAGCACAGGCAUGUUUGCCUACCUGAAGCCCCCCUCCCUCUCCUCCCCAGCUGUGGAUCUGGUGGUGGCUGUUCUGUACGCGGUGGUGCCUCCAGCAGUGAACCCCCUCAUCUACAGCAUGAGGAACAAGGAGCUCCAAGAUGCCCUGAGGAAAGUGAUUUCAUGGACAUCCCCCAUGCCUGGAGAGAGCAAAAUCUCCAAUGGCAGCUCCCUGAUUGAGUUCCUUCUCCUGGCAUUCGUCAUCACACGGGAGCUGCAGCUCUUGCACUUCUCACUCUUCCUGGGCAUCUACCUGGCUGCCCUCCUGGCAGUGAACCCCCUCAUCUACAGCAUGAGGAACAAGGAGCUCAAGGAGGCCCUCAGCAAACUGCUUCAAGUGGUACUAGUUCAGCAGCAAUAA